AUGAAGCAUUUCGUCGAAGCGGUGUGGCGCGGAACGAAGGGUGUUCUUGACAAAGAGAAUGGGAUGGCGACUCCUAGUUCUAUAAGGAACAAAAUACGCCGAUUUUACGGUGCGUGGGAACGGGAGAAUCACACUACCCUUCCCGCUGAAGUUAAAGAUUCUUUGGCCCCGUUUAUCAAAGGGGAGCUGAAGGACAAAGUUGGCGCCAAAAGCCAUCAAGCGAGAUACGACAUUUCUAACAAUAAAGAAUUACGUUCACAUGCAGGAACUUCUUUGGUUCUCUGAUCACCAUGAAUACAUACACGACGGAUAUCGUGUAGAUAACUCUAAUCUGCUGGACACCCAUUGCUUUACUUCGGCUCGGUUACAAGAAGUUUGUCAAGCUACGUACAAGG